GCACAGCGUGCGCUGUCGUGCUAGCACGCUUGGUUAGCGGGGUAUCGCGUUUGUCACCUGUCGGUUUUUUAUUUCAGUGAUUGUACAUACAUAAUAUAAGAGAGAAGACUGACAAUUAGUGACAAUGUCGGAAGCACCGGCAGUUGGAAUUGACCUGGGCACCACGUACUCGUGCGUGGGUGUCUUCCAGCACGGGAAGGUCGAGAUCAUCGCCAACGACCAGGGCAACCGGACCACGCCGAGCUAUGUGGCCUUCACCGACACCGAGAGGCUGAUCGGUGACGCGGCCAAGAAUCAGGUCACUAUGAACCCCAGCAACACCAUCUUCGAUGCGAAGCGUUUGAUUGGUCGUCGUUUCGAUGAUGCGACGGUGCAGAGCGACAUGAAGCACUGGCCGUUCACGGUGGUCAGCGAUGGCGGCAAACCAAAGAUCAAGGUAUCCUACAAGGGCGAGAUGAAGACCUUCUUCCCCGAGGAGGUGUCCUCCAUGGUUCUGACAAAGAUGAAGGAGACCGCGGAGGCGUACCUGGGCAAGACAAUAACAAACGCCGUCAUUACCGUGCCAGCUUAUUUCAAUGACUCUCAGAGGCGGGCGACAAUGGACGCCGGCACUAUCGCUGGCCUGUGCGUCCUCAUGAUAAUAAACGAGCCUACGGCCGCUGCGAUAGCCUACGGUCUCGAUAAGAAGGGUGUGGGCGAGCAGAACGUCCUGAUCUUCGACUUGGGCGGUGGUACCUUUGACGUGUCGAUUCUGACGAUCGAGGACGGCAUCUUCAAGGUUAAAUCCACCUCCGGCGACACGCAUCUCGGCGGCGAAGACUUCGACAAUCAAAUGGUGACCCACUUCGUGCAGGAAUUCAAGAGGAAGUACAAGAAGGACCUGAGACCCAACAAAAGGGCUCUGAGACGCUUGAGGAUCGCCUGCGAGAGGGCAAAGAGAACGUUGAGCUCGUCAACGCAGGCGAGCAUUGAGAUCGACUUGUUGUUCGAGGGUAUCGACUUCUACACUUCCAUUACUAGGGCUAGGUUCGAAGAACUCUGCGCAGAUAUGUUCAGAAGCACCCUUGAGCCUGUAGAGAAGGCGCUCAGGGACGCGAAGAUGGACAAAGCUCAAGUUCACAGCAUUGUUCUAGUCGGUGGUUCUACUAGGAUACCAAAGAUUCAGAAGUUACUUCAAGAUUUCUUCAACGGCAAGGAACUGAACAAGUCUAUCAAUCCGGACGAGGCUGUUGCCUAUGGCGCGGCAGUUCAGGCGGCAAUUCUGCAUGGAGACAAGUCCGAGGAGGUCCAAGAUCUGCUUUUGCUGGACGUGACUCCGUUGUCGUUGGGUAUCGAGACCGCCGGUGGCGUCAUGACUGCCUUGAUCAAGAGGAAUACAACAAUACCAACGAAACAGACCCAGACGUUCAAGACCGCGGAAGCCUCGCAGCAGCAAGGAAGAUCCGUGGGAGGCCAAGGCACGGGACCGAGCUCGGAUCCCCGGGACGAGAACGCCGAAUUCCAUUUUCUUCCCGGUUUUUUACUUUGGACACAUACAGACUAUUCUAUAGGCUCUUUACUUUCGAGACCUGCUGCCGGUGGCGUCAUGACUGCUGUGAUCAAGAGGAACACAACAAUACCAACGAAACAGACCCAGACGUUCACCACGGACUCCGACAAUCAACCGGGAGUGUUUUUCGAGGUUUACGAAGGAGAGAGAGCGAUGACGAAAGAUAACAACAUUCUCGGCAAAUUCGAGCUGACGGGUAUACCUCCGGCGCCUGGGGGCGUACUGCAAAUCGAAGUCACCUUCGAUGUCGACGCUAAUG